AUGGAGAAGCAUGAACACAUCAAGGAUGGGGCGUAUGAAGGAUUAGCAAUCAAAUCAAGCAUCAAGGGAGUUACAAUGUCUGAAACCCUAAUGGGUCAGUUACAAGAUGGACCACUAAUGGACCAAAACCUAGUGAACGGUGCGGCGAACGCAGAUCACAUUCUUGUACGCGACGGAGAGGAGGUUUCGCUCCUGACGAUCGCGAGGAUCAUGAGGCCGAGAUCUAUUGCCAAGGAGCUGAGCGGGACCGUGAGGGAGAUUCUCGGGACUUGCGUGUCGGUUGGGUAUACGGUGGAUGUGAAAGAUCCGAAGCAUAUUCAGCAGGAGAUUAAAGAGGAUGAGGUUGAGAUUCCUGGGAAUUAA